AUGAUAUCAUUGUUCAUUCUCCUUUACACCAUUGCUGUUUCUCAUUUGCAUCCCUUCUUUGGCCAAGCUAAGUGGUUGACGUCUCGGGAUCAUCACUUCUAUAAAGAAACGCUAAAUAUGGCUGAAAACGAAAAAGGUGUACAUGUCGGAAGUGCGCCGGUGCAAGAUCCAAAGAAAGGUCACGAUCCGAGGAUUGCUCGCUUCACCGCUUCCGUUCUACUCCUCAGCACAAUCGGAUUAUCUCAAUUGAUCAGUCAACGUCUGGCUUCAGGAGGAGCGUUGCCGGUCGCGCAGCUACUCUUCCUGAUUUUUUGUGCCUUCACUCACGAGUGGAAUCUCGUGCAUGGUGAAGGUUUGACAAGGCAUCGUAGAGCCUAUUUCGACAUUGUCAAUGUGUUGGAAACAUAUCAAACACGUGCUCGUACACAUGGACAUCUGUUCCAGCCAGAUCCACCAACUCCUAUGGUAACAUUCGCUGGAGAAGGUAAUCAACCUGGAAUGACGCAUGAAGCCAGCACUGAGAAGACUGACUUUACGAAUGCUCGAGAUGCUCACUAUGCCAACAUGUUCCAAAUUGCAAUGAAAAUGAAUAAGGAGAUAGAAAUGAUGGAAAAAGCAGAGAAGGAACAAGCAGAGAAGGAACAAGCAGAGAAGGCGCAGCAGAGUCAGCAAAAAGUGUCUUCACAAGAAUCCCCGUCCUCUUCUCAGACGGGAAAACCAGCGUCCAAAGACGGUAGCAAGAAAUCUUCAAAGAAGGCAAAAGCGAGGAAGAAAGGAUCCAGCAAGAAAUCAUCAUCGAAGAAGUCAAAGAAGGCAAAUGUAGUGAAAAUGUGA